AUGCCUCCUGCAAAUACGCGCAAAAGAAAGUCCGGCGAAAUGGAGGAGGACCCUGCUCCCGCAGCUACUCCGACUGGAAGUCCUCGAAAGAAGAUGAGGAUAACGCAGUCACAAAAGCAGGCAUUGAUGGACAAUCUUCAGCUAGAAAUCACGGAACGAGCACGCCAGCUUCGAGCGGGCUAUGCACUUCAAUGUGCUGACCUUCGAGCUCGCAUUGAACGACGCGUCAAUCGAAUUCCCUUGGCCGUUCGCAAGAUGACCAUGGCUGAACUCAUCCAACAACACCAAGCCACCAAAUCGAAACCCGCCAGGACUCAGGCUCCAGCCUCCAAACAAUUCAGGACCGAAAGGGUUCCCGGUGAACGACCUCUUCCACCACUACCACAACAGCAAAUCGUCAAGGCUCCAUCCCCGGCGCGUCCAGCUCCUCAAGCAACCCCGAAUCGAGGCAAGAAGCGGAAGAGUACCAUCCAGAUCGCGUCUGAUAAGGAAAAUGAACAUGUCGUUGGCGUUGACAACCUCCCGGUGAUGAAGAACAAUAAACGCGCCAAAGCUGGUCAAGCUGCAGCACCUGCAACACGUACUGCCUCCCGAGCCGUGAAAGCCAACUCUGUGCUCUCACCACGCUCUCACAACUCUCGAACGCUUCCUCGCUCCCCGAUCAAAGAACACCCGAUGGCUCCAAGCUCGCCAGCAAAGAGCUUGAUUGCAAGACCCAUCUCUCCCCUUAAGCCGGUCAGUCCAUUCAAAUCUGCAGCGACAGCAGCCACGUCGGCGAUAUCGGCAAGUGUGCACGGGAUGAUUGAACAAGCAAAGCGAGGUACAGCUGGGAGAAUGACCAGGACAGCCUCGAAGGAGAGACCCGGGGCCACGACAACAGCGGCAAGGGGGAAAAUGCUUCCACCUCCUCGCCCAGAGCCGAGGGCACUAUCUUCGCCUCAGCGCACGACCAGCCAGUCCAGCACACACAGCGCAAGCACCGACAUUUCGACAACCUCUACGAGCACGACCAUUGUGAAGCCGAAGCGUGGACGCGCCGCCGCGGCAUCGGGCAAAUUGGCCGAGCAGAAAAGCCCGGGGAUGGCCAGGAGGGGCGUUACAAAGGCCGCGACGGCGGCAAAAUCUGCGCUGAAGCGGAAUCCCACAACGGCAAACAAGAAGGUCGUGGUUGCUGAGCCUGUCGCUGGGAGACGAGUGUUGAGGAAGCGAACGUGA